AUGAGGCUUGGCAUACGGGGUUCUGGGAGGCCAGGAACGGGUCGGGUGUCCCUCCUCUCUUCGUUCCUGGAGUCGGCGAUCGAUCCUGGUUGCCAGACAAACCAGGUCGUCAAGCUUUUCGGGGAGUUCUCGGGCCGCAAGUUCAUCCUUCACCUGGGGGGCCAGGCUGCGGUAGAAAGCAUCGUAGAGAGCCGUGGGGAUUCACCCACUGUCCCCAGCUGCCAUGCGGAAAUCCACAGCGUACUCAGCCACAGAGCGGGACCCCUGAGAAGAUUCGAACAAGCCCAGAUCUUGGCCUUCCCAGAUAACAAAGAGAUAACGUAUGCUAUCUUAGACCGAUCCAAAGGGAAGGAAGAGGGUUGGAGCUCGAAGAUCACCGAGCACUGCAUCAGAAAUGCACGGCAAAGUCCCGCCUCUCCAGAGAAAUGCUCGGUAUGGGGCAGAUGUGGCUCUCGAAUGGGGUUUUGGUUCUGCUCGACCACGGAGAGGAUUAUUCAACAUGGACCUGUUUUCACCCAAGAGCCCAGUGACAGUGUUUUCCCACUAAGCAGUGAAGACAACAAGAUAUUUAUCAACUGCAAAGCCAAAGGAAAUCCGACGCCACAUUACAGGUGGAAAAUCAAUGGAAAAGAUCUCAGUGCUUACAAUAAUUUAAACUACAGCCUGGCAGAGGGCAACCUCUUGAUCAAUAACCCACAGGCAAUGAAAGAUGGAGGAUCGUACCAGUGUAUUGCCAGUAAUGCUUUUGGAACCAUCCUGAGCCGCAAGGCCAAAGUGGAGUUUGCCUAUCUUCAGAAUUUUACCAACAAGGCCAGAAAUGCAGUCUCAGUGAGAGAAGGUCAGGCUGUGGUGCUGCUAUGUGGCUCACCGCCCUAUUUUGGAGAGAUUAGAUACUCAUGGAUCUACAAUGGCCAUCCCAGUGUCCUCAUCCAAGACAACCGCCGCUUUGUGUCCCAGAGAACAGGGAACCUCUAUAUAGCUAAAAUGGAACCAACGGAUGUGGGCAACUAUACAUGUGCAGUAAAGAAUUUGAUGACCAAUGGCACUGCGUAUAGUUCCCCCACUCCUGUGGUACUGCGCCAGGAUGGUGUGAUGGGUGAAUAUGAGCCAAAAAUUGAAGUCCAGUUUGAAGAAAUUCUGCAUGUCCUCAAAGGAUCGUCGGUUAGACUGGAGUGCUUCGCUUUAGGAAACCCAGUGCCUUCUAUCUCUUGGAGAAGAGUGGAUGGAAGCCCUUUUCCUGGAAAGAUGAAAAUAAAUCAAUCAAAUGGCGUCCUGGAGAUCCCUUAUUUUCGGCCUGAGGAUGCAGGCUUUUAUGAAUGUGUUGCAGAGAACUCCAGAGGCCGUAGUGUUGCAAAAGGAGACCUCAUAUUUAAUGAUGUAGAACAUCUGCAUUGGGCUCAAACUCUGCGUGAUGCCAAAAUGGCUAUUGAUUCUGAUCUGCACUGGGAGUGCAGGGCCAAUGGGAAACCCCAGCCUGUGUACAGAUGGCUUAAGAAUGGGCAAGCCAUGGUAUCUGAGGACAGAAUCCACAUUAAUGCAGGCAAGUUCAUUCUCUCCAAAGUGAACCUAGAGGAUUCAGGGAUGUAUCAGUGUUUAGCCGAGAAUAAGCACAGUGUCAUUUAUGCCAGUGCCGAACUCAAAGUUGUGGCUUCUCCUCCAGACUUUUCUAAAGGUCCAGUAAGGAAGUCCACACUUGUUCAAAGAGGAGGUGAAGUCAUCAUUGAGUGUCAGCCACAUGCAUCCCCCAAGCCCUCCUUCACAUGGAGGAAGGAAGGCAAUCUGCUGCAAAACAAUGAGAGAAGGAAAAUCUCAGAGGAUGGCACCCUGCGGAUUGGCAAUGUGAGUGAGUCAGAUGCAGGUAGAUACACAUGUGUGGCACGCAACCUGUUCGGUGUGGCUAGCAGCACAGGAAGCCUGGUGGUCAAAGAACCAACCAAAAUUACAGUUCCUCCACUGAGUAUGGAUGCCACGGUGGGUGAGAGCAUUGUUCUGCCAUGCAGGGUGUCCAGAGACUCCAACAUGGUCCACAUCUUCAAGUGGUUCUUCAACGGGAAACUUGUCGAUUUCAGCCGCCAUGAACACUUUGAGAUGAUUGGAGGGGGAGCAUCUGGUGAUCUCAUGGUACGUAACAUCCAGCUAAAACACACUGGGAAAUUUGUGUGCAUGGUACAUACUGUGAUGGACAGUGUCUCGGCAGCAGCUGAUUUGAUUGUCAGAGGGCCCCCUGGUUGCCCUGAGCGAAUUUUGGUGGGGGAUGUCACUCCCUGGACAGUUCAGGUCUCAUGGAGUCCCAGUCCUGAUAAUCACAGCCCUAUAACACAUUACAUAGUGCAGGCCCGAAGUGAUUUCUCCAUUGGCUGGCAGGCUGUAAAAACAGUUCCUGAUUCUGUGCCUGGACAGAUGACACAUGCCAUUGCAGUAGGCCUGAGGCCAUGGGUUCAGUAUGAGUUCAGGGUGGCAGCCAUAAACAGUGUCGGUGUGGGUGAGCCCAGUACCCCAACUGAGGCUGUUCUGACUAAAGCUGCAGUUCCUGAGGUUGCUCCAGCAAGUGUGAGCGGAGGUGGUGGGAGCCGCGGCGAAUUAGUGAUUGUGUGGGAGCCUGUUCCGGAGGAACUACAGAAUGGAGAAGAUUUUGGCUAUGUGGUAGCCUUUCGUUUACGUGGUUCUCUUGUCUGGAUGCAGAGUCUGGUUCCCUCAGUGGAUGCAUCACGUUAUGUGUUUAAAAAUGACAGCAUUCCUCCACUCUCACAGUUUGAGGUGAAGGUGGGAGUGUACAACAGCAUUGGAGAAGGACCCUUUAGCCCUGUAAUUGUUGUCUACUCAGCAGAGGAAGAGCCCUCUAUAGCCCCAAAUAAAAUCUGGGCACAUAGUCUUUCCUCUUCAGAAUUGCAGGUUUUCUGGGAUCCAAUCAUGCCAAAUCAUAGUAAAUCUACAAUCUCAGGAUAUGAGGUACUGUUGUGGGAGCAGGGCUCAUUAGGGAGCAAGGCAAUAAAGGAAAGGGUCAAAAGAAGCCCAGCUCAUAUCACAGGCCUGAAGAGCAGCACAGUGUAUCUAAUUUCAGUCAGGGCUCACAACAGUGGUGGGGUUGGACCUACUAGUGCUGCCAUCAACAUGACCACAAAGAAACCCCCUCCAAGACAGACUCCUGUAAAUAUUGGUUGGAACCUGAAAAACUCCAAGAUCUUUUUGCACUGGCAGCAUGUAAUGGCAAUGGACAAUGAAUCUGAAGUAACAGGCUACAAGGUGAUGUACCGCCAAAACUGGCAAGGAGGAACAAGCAUGGUGAAAACAAACCAGACAUCACUGGAGCUAGAGGUUCCAUCUGGAGAUGAUCUGCUUAUACAAAUCAAAGCCUUGAGUGAUGGUGGAGAUGGCAGCUACAGCAGUCCAAUUCACAUACCAAAGAUGUCCAAUCUUACAUCCAGGGGCUAUUUCAUCUCCGGUGCAAACAAGAUGAUCCAUAUCCAUGAAGUUGCAUCUUUUGUGCUACCAUGGCUGUUUUUAUGGAUUUCUUUCCCGUUGAUAAGCACAGGCUGACAAGAAAUUC